GAAGUUUGAUGCUUUUACUUUGUUGGUUCAAUUCGUCACAAGGCACAAUUACGAGUCUUAUUUUGAAGCGUCUGGCCGGAAGUGGUUUCGUCCAUCCUUUGCUAUUUUCUGGUUCCGCGGGUGAUGGCGUCGUUACCGAUAGAGGCGCGUCGGUGUUGAUGGGAGUCACUGGAACAGCUUAACCGCUGCGCAGGAACGACGCCAUGAACAAUGGAGACCUGGGGCACCUGACGGGCGAGCAGGUGACGCUGAAUGUGGGCGGCCGCUUGUACUGCACGUCAUUGACCACACUGAGGCGCUACCCGGACUCCAUGUUGGGCGCCAUGUUCCGAGGGGACGUUCCUUCCCUGAGGGACGCCCGCGGGAACUACUUCAUCGACCGCGACGGGACGCUCUUCCGUUACAUCCUGAACUUCCUUCGCUCGUCCGAGCUGACGCUGCCGUGCGACUUCAAGGAGGCGGAGCUUCUCCGCAAGGAGGCGGACUUCUACCAGAUCGAGGCCCUGCUGCAGCGCCUGGGGGACCCCGCCAGGUGUCCUCGGUCGGCGCCGUACCCGAGCGACUCUUACGACGAGCUGCUGGAGCUGUGCAGCACCAGGAAGCUGUCCAAGUACUCCAACCCGGUCGCCGUCAUCAUCACACAACUUAGCGUCACCACCAAGGUGCAGUGUAUAUUGUCGGCCAUCUCGUGCAGCUUCACGAAGUGGAACAAGCACAUGAUGGACACUCGCGACUACCAGGUGUCGUUCACCUUCGGCCCGUGUGACCACCAACAGGAAGUCAGCCUGCGCGUCCACCUGCUCGAGUUUAUCUCCAAAGCCGGUUUCAGUCUGCGCAACACGCGCGUUCACCACAUGAGCGAGCGGGCCAACGAAAACACGGCGGAGCACCAUUGGACCUUCUGCAGACGCGUUCGCAAAGCGGACAUCUGACGGACGCACGGCCGUCGUCUUUCGAACAAUCAGGAAAAGAUUCCGAGUCUCUUUUGCGACUCCAUGCAUGCAAUCGCAACCUCCGUUCUAUCGAAACACUCAAGACAAAUAAAGAAAGUCUGAAAAAAACGA